AUGGAUCCGGAUAGUGUAACACGACGUUCCAGGAAUGGUUCCGUAGUCGACUUGAAAGGUCUCGGAGACGAAACAGCCAGAAAUGCUCCAAUGCAACACUCGUUCGUAUCCAGUAAAUCGCUCGAUCACAUGGAUUCCGCAGUGAACAAGCGCGGGGAGCGGGAAACAACGGCCAAAACAACCUCAAUGCACAGUUUACGCGAAAUCGGGCGAAAUUUACCUACGCCAAACACUCCAGGCUCUCCGCUGAGGAAACUAGAAAAACGGGCAUCCACUGGAUCGGACAAUUCCAACGCUGUGCAACUUUUCUCCAACUGGAACAGCGUGAUGGAAGACAACAAGCCGAGUACCGCGCAGCAUUUAGAAUUCAAAUGCUUGAUGGAAUUUACUCCGAAGUGUAUCGAUUUGGGCGGGGAAACUGUCUGUUCAACCACACCUAUGUCAGCUACCCCGUAUGGUACGCUCAACCGGAAAUCGAACCCGAUUGGAAUCAUAUCGGACGAAAACCGGAAACAUUUAUUCAGUUUGGAGAAAAACUGGGAUGUUUUUGUCAAAACCGAGACGCCCUUGUCCACAAAUGAGCAAAAACGACAGUCCGCGAUCUGGGAAGUGUUCGUCACCGAAUUGAAUUACAUCAACUAUUUGAAAGCGAUUCUUGACACUUAUUUUGAUCCGUUUAUAAGGAUCCAAAAAUAUCAGUUUCACAAAGUGGAUGUACAACGGAUUUUCAAUAAUUUGGAAGAGAUCUAUUCCAUGAAUCUCAGACUGUGGUUCGGUUAUUUGCAUCCCGCAUACUGCGAAGUCAGGCAAUCCGGACAGCCGUUGAAUGCGUUCAUGCUUAAGCGGGGAUUUCGAAAAAUAUCUCAGCUGUUCCUGAAGCCAUAUACGAAAUACUGUGUGGAGCUUCAGUGUUGUCAGCGUUACAUCGCAGAAACCGCUCAGAACAUUUCAUCAUUUAACGCAUUUCUCAAGAGAGCCGACUUUCUCGGGAGUGAGCAUCGGGAAGCUUUGUGCGAUCGGGUGGCCAAACCGUUCAAAAGAAUCACACAAUACAAUCUGAUGCUAGAAAGUGUUCGCAAAUACUGUGAGGAUCCGGAAGAAAAGAAACUGGUCGAUCGAAUGCACACAUGGAUUGGUGAUAUGCUCAAAGAGAUUGAGAUUGAAAUGCGCCACGUGGAGAUGAAAAUGUUAGCUCGGGAAUUGUUGUUUUUGAAUUGCCCGGAACAUCAAGAUGAGGCUUACCGCGGAUUGUUUGAACAGUGCAAGAGAGUUUCCUUGUUGAAAGAUAUUGAGCUUCCAGCUCCAGUAAUUCUAACCGAGGGAGAAGUAAUGGGUCUGAAACAAAGGAGUUUCAGUUCGAUGGACACUAUCCGAGGUGGAAUCAAUAAUCAGAGAUUUGAACCACUUACCAAAUCCGUAAUGUCAGGCGAUACAACUUCCCAGUUUGAGAGUGACUGGUCCUCGACUGACGGAGAAGCUUUGCAACAAAAUCGAUCGAGCAGUCAGAAAAGAUCGUGUACACCGUGUGGCCCCAUGCAGUCGGAAAGUACAAAAGGAGUGCCGGUCCUACUCACCAGAGUCCAUCCUUCAUCCUCAUAUCGGAUUUCCAAAUUGAAUACGUCGAUUUUUGAUCGAAUACGAACAUCACCCGCAACGGUGGCCGAGUCCCGUCAAACCGUACCACGUUCAUUGAUACGGAAAAUAAAGCUCCGAUUUCGGGAAGCCCAAGGCAAAUGGAUAGCAGCCACGUGUUUACUGCUCACCGAUCAACUCCUGAUCGGAAAAUCCCCGAAACGUCCGGACAAAAGCCAAAUCAAAGUUUUUCGACCCCCGAUCCGGCUGGACAAAUUAGUCGUGCACCGACUGAAAGAUCCCACACAACAAAUCAAAUCACCUAUCCCCGUAUCCAGCACCAGUUCAAAUGCAUCCAAUAAAAUGGUCACAAUGAACGGUAUCCAGUCUGGUAGAUCUGCGACCGGACCUGGCCACAUACCCGUGCGAUCCGAUCCAAACCCAGUCAAGCAAUCAAGCUUGGACGAACCAAACGUGUCCGGAACGAAGCAAACAGUGGAUCGAGUGAUCCGGAUCAGUCAGAGAUAUCCGAGGCCCCAAUCAAACAACAGUCGUGCGGAAACCGGGCGCGCGGUCGAUUUAAACAAAAUGGUACAUCUACGCGAUUCGCCAUCGGGAACUGUUUCCAAGGCAACUCAACAACUUUACACCAUNUAG